UUGGCGUUUAACAUAUCAACUUUUACUUUAUAUAUUAUUUUCCUAAAACGACGAGAAAAUGCCGCCCAAAAAUUGUGAAAACUACGAGGACUUCCUUCCGAUUAUCGGAGACUUUGGGGCCUUUCAGAAGAUACUCCUCCUCUGGAUGAUGCCCACCACCUUCAUAUUUUCAUUCACCUACUUCGGACAGAUAUUCAUGAUUCUCGUCCCCAAAAAUCACUGGUGCAGGAUUCGGGAACUGGAGGAUCUGCCAAUGAAGGAACAAAUUAACCGGGGCAUACCCAAAAACGAAGAUGACGAUUUUAAAAGAUGUCUCAGGUUUGAUAUCCCCUUCGAUUCGGAUAGGACCAACACGACCAACCGGACUAGAACCCAGAUACCAUGCAACGACGGCUGGAUCUACGAUCGAGAUGAGAUUCCGUACGAGUCCAUUGCCACCGAGUACAAUUGGGUGUGUGACAAAAAGGAGCUUGGCACCUACAGCGUCAUCGCCUUUUUCAUGGGAUCCAUUGUGGGCUGCCUUUGCUUAGGAUACAUCGCUGAUCACCAAGGGCGAUUGGUGGCCUUGUUCCUGGCCAACUUCUGCGCCCUAAUCGGCGGUCUCGUUAGUGUGUUCUGCAAGGACUUUUACUGCUUUGCUGCCAGUAGAUUUGUGGCGGGACUGGCAUUGAACAACAGCUUCGUUUGUUACUUUAUUCUAGCAGUUAUAGAGAACGUUGGCAUUAAAUACCGCACUCUGGUUGGGAAUUUGGCCCUGGCAGUUUUCUUCACCUUAGGCGCCUGCACUCUUCCCUGGCUGGCCUAUGCCUUCGAUAGCUGGAGGCACUAUGCGUUGUCCGUUUCACUGCCUGUUGCAUUUGUUAUGUUAAUGUGCUUUCUGAUUCCCGAGUCACCCAGUUGGCUCAUAUCGGUGGGGAAGGUGGAGAGAGGAAUGAAGGUCCUGAGAAAGGCGGCCAGGAUCAAUAAGAAAAACAUUUCCGAGGAGGAGUGGUUAAAGAUGAAGCAAUGCUUCGAACUGAAAUUCGCCGAUGAGCAGUCGGGCAAAAAAUACUCCUUCCUGGAUCUCUUCAAAAGCUGUCGCAGGCUUGUCGUAAUUGCGAUAUUGAUCAUUAGUUGGAUGAUCGUGGCCUUGGCUUACGAUGCUCAUGUGCGGGUGGUCGAAUUAUUCGACACCAAUGUCUUCAUUACCUUUUCCCUGGCCUCACUCGUGGAAUUGCCAGCAGGAAUUUUGCCGAUUCUCCUGCUAGAUCGAAUUGGUCGCAAACCCAUAAUGACUGCUGCGUUGCUGUUUUGUGCGGCAUCUAGUCUUAGCACUGGCUUGCUGAAAAGCCAAUGGGAUGUCACGACAUCAGCAAUUGUGGCCAGAUUUUUCGUCGGCAUUGCGUACAACGUGGAGCAGCAGUGGGCCUCCGAAGUCCUGCCCACUGUGUUGCGCGGACAGGGCCUGGCUGUCAUCAAUGUCUUGGGUCAGGUCGGUGCCCUGCUAUCCCCAGUUGUUAUCUACACCCACCACUAUUACCGUUCCUUGCCCAUGUUUAUAAUCACAUUACUUUUGGUGAUUGGCGCUUCGGUAAUCCUACUUCUGCCAGAGACCAAGAAUACCACGCUGCCUCAAACGCUGGAAGAGGCGGAUAAGCGGUGGGUCAUAAAUUGUAGAUGUCGUAAAGUAAAAGAUGAUCAAUGAAA